AAAAAUUGAAGGACAAAAGUGAAUAAACAGUCAAUCUUAUUCACAGCUCCAAAAACAUUUUGAUCCUUCGCUGCCAUUAAUGGCGACAUCGGGAAUCAUCUCCGCCUAUCUCCGCCGCUCUAAACUCUCUCUCCUCCGCCCCACCAUUAUUUCUCUAUCCUCUUCUUCGCCAUUACCGACCACCUCGAACUCUACUCUUCCUUUGUUCUCUCGUCACACGACAUCGUUUCGUUACUUCUCUGCUCAACCAUCUGACUCAGACUUCACUCACCAACUCAAUUCAGUCACCGAGUCGGAGCUUCGUAGCUUAGGGUAUAUCGACGGUUCUCAGGUUUCUGAUGCUGCUGGUACUCUUCUCGAUGAUUUACAUCUUCCCAUUCGCUGUGUUGUCUCUUUGCUCGAUGGUUACCAUGAUCUCACUGGCCUUCCUUGGUGGAUAGUGAUUGCAUCAUCAACUGUGGCUAUGAGGAUUACUUUAUCUCCUUGGAUAUUGUUGCAGCUUCAUAAGUUGAGACAAAUAGGGGAGGUGUUCCCGAAAUUGCCUCCUCCAUUCCCACCACCUUUCUCAGGAAGGAGUUUCGUCAAUCAAUUCUCUCUUUUUUGGAGGAAAAGGCGAGAGCUUGGGUGCCCUUCAUUUUUGUGGUUUGUGGCAUCAAUUACUGUCCAGCUCCCAUGCUUUCUCUUGUGGAUGACUAGUAUCAGGAAAAUGUCAUUGGAUCAACAUCCAGGAUUUGAUACGGGUGGAAUCUUAUGGUUUCAGAAUUUGACUGAAGUAUCAAAUGGUCCUUUUGGGCUCAUUUUACCUGUGCUUAUUGCUGGUUUGCAUUUCUGUAAUAUCCAGGUCUCCUUUAGGUCCGUUUCAGCUGUUCAAGGAGAAGAAACAUUUCAUUUGUUAGCUAAAUUGUACAAAAAGUAUCUGGAACUGCUAACGCUGCCUAUCCUAAUUGUAGGAUUUUACAUACCCCAGGGAAGUCUUGUCUAUUGGGUGACCAACAGUUCGCUAAGCCUAGUGCAGCAACUCUGUCUUCAACACCCUGUUAUUAGCCAAAAGUUGGGAUUAGUGCAGAAGUCUGUGAAUGUGUCUGUUAAUUCUGAAGGGAAUGUAAAUGGUUCAACGCUGCCAGAUGCUCCAAGAAAACGCGGACCAGUGUCUGCUUUUGACUUAUCUCCUCUACAACUGGUUGAUCAAUCAGUUGCCCACCUUUCGGCAGGGAGAGUUGAUAGAGCACUUCCUUUGCUAAGAGUGGCACUUUCCAAAGAUCCCGAGUAUUAUAUAGCUUUGACUGUGUUGGGACAGGCUAUGCUACAGCUGAAAGAUUAUGAUGAAGCAGUUGAAUAUUUAGAAUGUGCUCUUUCAAAGAUAUCUCUUAGGGAUCCAACUGAUGCUGAGGCGCUUGAUUAUUUCAUUCAGGCAUCAAUGUCAGCUGGUGCUGCAUACUAUCACCAGGGCAAACUAGCUGAAUCAUUUGCACACUUCGAAAGAAUAAGGGACAUCGAAGUGCCAGAAGAACCUACAGCCAAGGCUCGUUAUUAUGAGGGAUUAAUGGUGUUUUCCAGUUUCUUAAUCAACGAAGGUCGUAAAGAUGAAGCCACCCAUUAUUUACGAAUGGCUGCUGCCUAUGAUCCGCAGUAUGCUGUAUAUUUGGAACACUUGGAUAAAGUUCGUGAUAAUUUUGUCAGUGAUCUUGCUAGCAGCAGGAGAGCAGACUACUGAACCUAUCACAAAAAACAUUCAAAAUCUGGUUAAAUACUAUUAUCUUUGCGCUUGGAGUGACGACAAAUAGUGAGGUAAUAACUGAGGCGCGUCCAUUGCUGGUUAGAUACUUCUAUUCUUUUCCAUUCAGUUCAUUUCAAUACAGGAACAAUCCCAUUAAUUUUGAGCUAGUAAAUUUGUAAUUUCACAUCCUAGAGUGGGAUGACUAACGUCUUCGAAUUUUUCGGUAACCAUUACAUAGCUAUCCUUUUUCUGAUUUAGUUCUUGCGAUCAAUGCUUGUUGGAUCAUGGUAGACCAAAAAAUUGAAAGCAAAUUUUUUCAAGUAAA